AUGGCAGUUGAAUAUCGUUUAAUUUCAUUUCUGCUAAUUAUCGCAUUAUGGAUUUAUAUUUUUCAUGAAUUAAAAUAUUCAUCAAUGAUUAUAUUAGAUUGUAAAUUUGAUCUAUCUUGUGAAUAUAAAACAAAACUUUUAUACAAACCUUAUUAUGAUUUUGACAAUAAGUCCAUACAUAUCGCAAUGCUAUUAGCUGGUGGAAUUGACAAUUGUCAUCAAGCUGAAACACUCAUUAAAUCAAUUUUAUUCACUCAAAAACGAUGGUAUCCAUCAAAAGAUGAUUGUUGUAAUUUUAAACAUUUUGCACAAUUCCAUUCAGAUUGGUCAACAGCAAUUGAUCGUGUACAAAAACGCAAACGUUUCUACAUUGUAUUUCAUUUUAUUGUUGAUGAAUUAGCCUAUGAAUUUAUGCAUUCAUUAAUGUCGGAUUGGGAUUUAGAAGGCAUCAAUGUACAGUUUUAUUCAAUUAGAAAUUAUGAAGCGCGGAUCAAAUCAUUUAGAUCUGGACACUACUCUGGACAUAAAAGUUAUCUCAAGUUGUUGAUUACACAAAUUUUACCGAAUGAAAUCAAAAAAGUUAUUCUACUGGAUUCCGAUAUGUUGUUGAAUGAUGAUAUAACAAAUUUGUGGAGGUUGUUUAACGAAUUCAACAAGGAUCAAUGCAUCGGUAUUGCUGCUGAACAGAAUCCAACUUUUUACAGCAAUAUGGGACAAAGAUUUUGGCCGACAUUGGGUUAUGGUUAUAAUGCUGGACUAUUAUUAAUUCAUUUAUCUAAAUUGCGUGCAAGAAAUUGGGAUGAAAAAUGGAUGAAAGGUGUCUAUAAUUUAAUGAGAGUAAAAAGAAUUCUACCUACUGCUGAACAAGAUGUUAUCAAUGCUGUAUUGAAUCAAAAUAGACAUUGGCUAUACGAGAUACCUUGUGAAUGGAAUAUUCAAUUAAGUGCAUUUUCUAUACGUGAACGUUGUCCAGUAGUAUGGGAAAUUUCAUUCAAUAAUAAUAAUAAUAACAGUAAUAUUAAUGCUAAUCAUCGCAGUCAUAAACAUAAACAACCACUCAACAGUGAUAAUAUAUUACAAUAUCCAAAUGCAAAAUUAAUACAUUUUAAUGCACAUGUAAAACCAGAGCAUUUUAUCCCUAUGCCAUUAAGAUUUCCGUCGCCUAUUGACAAGCCUAAUGAAUAUUAUUCAACUAUUCAAUUAUCAAGAAAAUAUUUUCAAUUUUAUUAUAAUUUACGAAGUAUGAAUCGACAUUGUUUCCUGUAA